AUGGUGGGCAAGAAGUCGGGCAAAGCCCUCCGCGAUGAGGGUCUGGAGCGGACGGAUAACAAUAUGGAUCUAUCGAGCUGGCCACAAGUCGCCGCAAUCAACCAGAAGAACUACUAUACUGAUUACCUGAAGAGAGACGAUCAAUACCUCCCAUUCCGACUGGCAAAUGAAGAGGCGAGAAUCAAGAUGACCAAGAGCGCCAAGGAUCGCGAUCGCGCUCGCGCGAUGGACAAGUCAACCGAAGAGGCGGAUGCAGAAGCCGAAGCAGAUGCAGACGCCGAUGCCAACAUGGAAGAUGAGGAGGAAACUCAGACGGAGGCUGCUGGCUCGAAAGUCAUCGUGAUUCACGUUGGCAGCCAAAAUUUGCGAAUUGGCCUCUCAAGUGAUGCUUUGCCGAAGACCAUGCCCAUGGUUAUUGCACGAAAAUCAAAAACCAAUGAAAGCGAGGAUCGAGAAGAGCCGAAACCGAAGAGGCUCAAGCGGGAUGACGGGUCUGAUGAAGAUCCAGAGAGAGUCUUUGGACCAGAGUGGUCUUCUCAAUACACCAAGAUGUCUGCGGAGCUCAAGGUCCGAAUGAAGGCGAACAAGCGUCGGAUGUUGCCUAACCCGAAGGAGGGAGUGAUCAACUUCAACCGCAAGCAGACGCCGGAAGUCAUUUCAGAGCAUAAUGACCCCGAGCGCGUUGAUUGGACGGAGCUUGACUCGCCUCCACCAGAGUACAUUAUCGGUCAACCGGCCCUAAGGGUUCCGGAUGCCUCAAAGCCUCGAUACAAGCUCUUUUGGCCCAUUCAAAACGGAUGGUGCAAUGAACGGGACUACACGAGCAAGCGGAUGCUGUUCCUUGAUAUUUCUCUGAUUCUCGAAGAGGCCAUCAAAGCCCAACUGGGUCUCCACAGCAAAAAGGACUGGCCUCAGUAUUCCUGUGUAUUUGUGAUCCCGGAUCUAUACGAGAAGUCCUACGUGACGCAGGUGCUGGAGAUGCUGAUGCGGGAGUUUUCAUUUGCCCGAGUGUGCUUUAUCCAAGAGAGUUUGGCGGCCACUUUUGGUGCCGGUUUCACCUCUGCCUGUGUCGUCGACAUUGGAGCUCAGAAGACAUCAAUCUGCUGCGUCGAGGAAGGCAUGUGCAUUGAGAACUCACGGGUAAACCUGAAGAUGGGCGGAAACGAUGUGACCGAGACCUUUAUGAAGAUGAUGGUGCACGACCACUUGUCUUAUGCUGAUAUCAACCUUUGGCGUAGGUACGAUUAUCUACUGGCCGAGGAUUUGAAGAAGAACAUUUGUACUAUGGACGAGGCCAAAGUGUCGCCGCAAGCAUUCGACUUCCAUCUCCGAGUGUCCGGUCAGGAUACCGAAAAGCACAAUUUCAAGGUCUUUGACGAGGGACACUUGGCCCCUAUGGGCUUCUUUGAGCCGACCAUUUUCGAUAACUCACAUAAGCUGGAAGGACGACGCAGGCUGAUUGAAAGAUCUGUCGAUAUAUAUGAUGGCCAGCCCAACGAUCCCACUUCGGCAGCCCAGUCCGAGAUCAUGACUGCCCUGGCUCCCCCACUGCCUUCCAACGGCAAGGCCAACGGAGAGCCUGAUGUGCAGGCGACUCCCAGUCGCCCCCAGCAGCCAAGCGCGCUGGGUCGGAUUCAAGAGCAAGACGCCACCCCUCGGUCUUCUGUUGCCGGUUCUCCUGCGCCUGAAGCAUUUGGGACACCCCAAGCAGGUGGAUCUGGCACACCAGCAGUCACUGCCCAAUCGACUCAAGCGGCUCGCCCAGCUGUCGAGUAUCGUGAUGACAUAUUGCCUGUUUUCCCUCUAGACAACGCAAUCUUGACCUCGAUCGCCCAUGCCGCUCGUUCCGAUGAGAAGAAGAUGCGAGACUUCAUUGGUGGUAUCAUGGUGGUUGGCGGUGGUAGUCUCACCAACGAGCUCCAUGCCUUCCUGGAGGCACGACUAAAGGCUCUUCGCCCUGGUUUCCUUAAGGAGAUCAUGAUUGGCGUGCCACCCCGAGACCUCGAUGCUCAAGUGGUUGUCUGGAAGGGCGCCAGUAUCUUUGGAAAAUUGAGUGGCACGAACGACAGCUGGAUUGGCCAGCUGGAAUAUGAUCGGUUGGGCCAUCGCUUGAUGGCAUACAAGUGUAUGUGGGCCUACUGA